AUUCGUUGUAGGAAUAGCCAUCAUGGCCGCCGCCAUAACUACGAGCGGUUUUUCGUCAGUCAGAAGUAUAUUUGGUCGUUUUCAUCCCAGGUUAGCAGCAGUAGCAGGCGGACCCCAGCAGAUGUCAUGCCUCCACACCAGCACUCCACUGGAAGCAAAGAACUGGGAGAGGAAGAACAAGAUCGUGUAUCCACCGCAGCUUCCAGAUGAGCCCCGCAGACCAGCAGAGAUCCAUCAUUCCAGAAGACAGAUAAAGUACAGCAAAGACAAGAUGUGGUACCUAGCCAAAAUGAUUCGAGGCAUGAGCAUCGAUGAAGCCAUCGCACAGUUGGAAUUCAAUGACAAAAAAGGGGCCAAGGUUAUGAAAGAGGUCCUCCUGGAAGCUCAGGAGAUGGCGGUAAAGAACCACAACGUGGAGUACAAAUCCAACUUGUAUGUAGCCGAGUCUUUCUCCAGUAAGGGGAUGUACCUGAAGCGCAUCCGCUACCACGGCAGAGGGAUGUUCGGCAUCAUGGACAAAGUUUACUGUCACUACUUCGUCAAGCUAGUGGAGGGCUCGCCACCCAAAACGGAGGAGAGGACGAGCCUGGACCAGGCCAAGGAGUAUGUGCAGAGCCUCAAGAGAAGAACCGUCAUACACAGUCUGUAGACGGGACGGGCCGUGUAAUACAAGUGUAUGUGCGUGUCAGUCAUAUUUGUAAAUAAAUUUGUGAAGAGACCCUCUUAGCGCUGUUUGAUUAUUGUGGCGACUGUUGGAAAAGCCGCAAUGUAGCAUUGAAAGAGGGCUGUAUUGAAAAUAUGAAAAGACCCGAGUAAUUAUGCAACAUAAGCCGAAAUAUUACAAGGAUGAAGUUGUAAUCACGCAUUUUAUGUGAAUAAUUAAUUUGCGAUGUUACAUACAAAACUAGAUUUACGAGUAACUUGCUAUACUUGUGUGGAAAUGUCAGUCACUCGACAUCAUUACUAUGACUUCCAUUUUCUUCUUGUAACAAACAUUUUGCUCUUGUACCUGUAAUCUUCGUAAUAUUAGUUACGAGUUUAUCCUUGCGACUUUAUAACGUGCUCCAUUUUUCUUGUGAGACUUUUUUGUCUGUUUUCUUGCAACAUCCUCGUAACAUCACAUCUCUGUUCCUAACAUUUUUUUAUAGCAUGUGUUUGAUGCUUUAAGACCUUUAGAGUGGCUACACAAUGUUCUUGGAACCUUACAUGUUGGUAACAUUACAGCUUUUUCUUGUAGUAUUUCAACUUUAACUUACUAUCGUUACGCCUUUGUUCCUAUGAGUUACUUUUUUCUUGUGACAUUCCGACUGUAGCAUGACCAGCUUUGUUCUUACAGCAUAUUUAUUGUUGUGUAACGUGACUUUAUUCUCGCUGCUUUACGUUUUUUCAUAGUGACUACAUCGUUUCUCUUGUGGCAUUGCAACGUUCGUGUAACAUGACGACUCCACGGCUUUUUCCUUCUAACACUGACUUUUUCUUGUAACGUUACAACUUUUUUUUUGUAACAGCCAAACUUUAUUGUUGUAACAUCACAGCUUUUUUGUAACACUGCUGAUUUGAUCACAACUUUCUUCUCAAACCUUCCGCUUAUUCUUGCUUUCCGACUUCUCGCAACAGAACAUUUUUCUUGCAACAUGACCUUUGUUGUAACCGUUGCUCGUUACUUCAGUUUUUUCCUCGUAAUUGUAAUUUUCCCGUAUGCCUAUGACGGAGUAUUAGGGCCACAGUGGGGGAAAAACUUUAUUUUCGUCAAAUUACGACUUUAUUCUCGAAAUCUUGGAUUAUUACUUAUUAUUAUUAUUAUUAUUAUUAUUAAAGUCGUAAAAAGAAAAAAGUCGUAAUAUUCCAAGAAUAAAGUCCUAAUGUUAUGAGGAAAAAAAGUCGUACUAUUACGAGGGUAAAGUUGUAAAUUUACAAGAAUAAAGUUGUAAUAUUACUUGUCUGAGGGAAAACAGAGCAUAGCUCAUCAGGAAGGAAGGAAACUUUAUUCUUGUUUCAAAACAGAGCAGUUGAACACAAACUGAUAAGCACGUCUAGCGCUUCUCACUUCCGCCUCCCUUACCCCGCCCUCUCCGCGUGCCCAAGGCCACAGGUGACAUAAGUUCUCCCUUUUCAUAGCUGUCUCAGGCAGUGCCUGUCACGACGGUGUAUUAAAAUCUGAGAUUUCUAGAAUAAAAAAAUAAAUAAAGUCGUAAGUUUACGGGAAAAAAGUCGGAAUAUUACGAGAAUAAUAUUCUCGUAAAUUUAUGACUUUAUUCUCUUAAUAUUACAACUUUUUUUUCUCGCACAUUGACGAGAAUGAAGUCGUACAUUUACGAUUUUUUUUCUUGUAAAUGUACGACUUUAUUCUCGUAAUAUUACGACUUUUUUUCUCGUAAAUUUGCGAUUUUAUUCUCUAAAUAAAUGUAGUCCUAAUACUCCGUCGUACAUGCCACCCUUUUAGCCUAAAACUUUAUGGAAAAAAUAACUGAACCCAAAGAAGCUGUGGAUGAUUUAUUUAUUUGUUUUUUUACUCGUAUUAAUGUGGUGACCAUUUCAAAUGUUAUUAUAUCAGUGAAUAAUGCAUGAGUCUGGAUGACAAUUUUAGGCAUACAAAAUAUUUGAUGUAUUACUUGUGCAGUUCUUCAGCUGUGCAUCAUCAUCAUCAUCACGCAAGUGCUAACACUUCACAUGCAAUGCCAUUCGCUGGCAUCCAAUUUCAGCGAGCAAGCGCUCUCAGUGUCGGGUUGGAAGGUCGGGUCGGUCCCGCGCGGCAAAAGGCGCCAACGAUUUCUUUCAAAGUGCAAAAGGUUUCAUCUUUUUUUUUCUCCCCCACCUCUAGAAAUUCAUGACGUGGCUGCCGCUCCCGUCUGCUGCCCUUGAUCUGUCUUGCUGAGUGCAAGCGCAUACACGCCAUUUAGUGGAAUGUUAAUUAGCCCUCAGCGCUUUGUGUCCACCUCCAAGGUCAUGUUGGAUCUUUGGGGAGGGGAAUUUUGGAAGUAAUGGAAUAUUGAAAGAAUGACAGCUCUAAUUUUUUUAAUUCUACAUUUGAGCCCUCUGCAUUUUUCAUGUGUACUGAAUAUCAUCAAUAAGUGGCCAAGGUUUUUUUAAGGACUAAACUGCAGAGAGCGCAGUGUUUAUUCAUUAAUUUAAUAUUGUUUUGAGAAGCCAAGGUCUUUACUUAAAUGACCCAGCAACUAAGCAGAACUACGUUCCUCGUCACAGAAAUCCCACCAGAACUGGACU